AUGGGAAGCGUGGAUGAAGUUCAAGUCAAGAGCAAAGAUGACAGCGUGUCCUUUGUGGUCAAGACUGUGGGAUCCCACAAGAAACUGGAUGAUGAGCUGGCCUUGGUUGACCACAUGUCAUAUUACAACGAGGCCACCUUCUACGAGCAGAAUCUCAGCGACAGCAUUUGCGCUGCUGGGGCACUGUGUCCAAAGGCGUUGCUGGUGGACCGCACCGAAGAUGGAGAACUUACCAUUUGCAUGACAAAGCUGCCAGGAAGAGGCUUCUCUCGAAAUCCUGAGCAGACGCGUCAGGCGCUGCAAUGGCUGGCAAAGCUACAUGCUCUUUUCUGGGGAAAACCAGCUGAUGAAGUUGUGAAGUCAGGUGUGGCGGAGCGCGCAUGCUUCUGGGAUCUCUCGCGGCGUCAGAUCGAGCUGCGUCGCAUGCCGAAGGAUGUCUUGCGCCACGCCGCCAAGGGCAUCGAUGCCAGGCUCCAGGCGGACAAGAUGAUGACCAUGUGCCAUGGUGAUCCAAAAGGUGCGAACAUUAUGUACGAUGAAACAGAAGGCGUUUCCUUCUACGAUUUCCAGUGGUUUGGGAAAGCACCUGCCUCGAAGGACCUUGCGUACUUCUUUGGUGUGGCAGCACAUGGCUUGUCCGGCGAAGAGACUGAGCGAGAACUGCUGAAGUUCUACCAUGAGGAGCUGUGCAAGCUGUUGGAAGCCAAAUCGAUCUCGCCGCCUAACUUCGAAUACCUAUGGAAUUCGUACCAUUUGGCCCUGUGCGAUUUGGGCCGGUGGAUGGUGGGCGGCUUUUCAUUUGGAAACACGCGACUCAUCUUUGGACACGUGAAGGCUUUGACCACAGCACUUGCAGGGCUGGACUCCGAGCAGGCAUGUCAGGAGAAGAUUUUCAAGCUCUACCCACCCUAA